AUGGUUCAAAUCAAAGCAGCUGCUCUGGCUGUUCUUUUCGCCAGCAAUGUGCUCUCCAACCCCAUAGAGCCCCGCCAGGCCUCGGUGAGCAUCGAUGCCAAAUUCAAGACGCACGGCAAGAAGUACCUGGGCACCAUCGGCGACCAGUACACUCUCAACAAGAACGCAAAGACCCCGGCGAUCAUCAAGGCCGACUUUGGCCAGCUGACUCCGGAGAACAGCAUGAAGUGGGAUGCUACUGAGCCCAACCGGGGACAGUUCUCCUUCUCGGGGUCGGAUUACCUGGUCAACUUCGCCCAGUCUAACGGAAAGCUGAUCCGUGGCCACACUCUCGUCUGGCACUCACAGCUCCCGUCCUGGGUGCAGUCAAUCUCCGAUAAGAACACCCUGAUCCAAGUCAUGCAGAACCACAUCACCACCGUGAUGCAGCGCUACAAGGGCAAGGUCUACGCCUGGGACGUUGUCAAUGAGAUCUUCAACGAGGAUGGCUCUCUUCGCCAGAGUCACUUCUACAACGUCAUCGGUGAGGACUAUGUGCGCAUCGCUUUCGAGACCGCUCGCGCGGUGGAUCCCAAUGCCAAGCUUUACAUAAACGACUACAACCUGGAUUCCGCCUCGUACCCGAAAUUGACCGGCCUGGUCAACCACGUCAAGAAGUGGGUCGCAGCUGGCGUCCCCAUCGACGGAAUUGGUUCCCAAACCCACCUGAGCGCGGGUGCCGGCGCUGCCCCCUUUACAGCUCUUAAUGCUCUCGCCGGUGCAGGCACCAAGGAGGUCGCUAUUACCGAGCUCGACAUCGCUGGCGCUAGCUCCACCGACUACGUGAACGUCGUCAAGGCGUGUCUGAACCAGCCCAAGUGCGUCGGUAUCACCGUCUGGGGAGUUGCUGACCCCGACUCGUGGCGCUCCAGCUCCAGCCCUCUGCUCUUCGACAGCAACUACAACCCCAAGGCUGCUUAUACCGCUAUUGCGAACGCUCUGUAG